AUGUCCGAGAUAAUAUUCCGGGAACCGCCCUGGCAAGUGAACAAAUGUGCGCAAGGCAUAUACUACUACAACGAGGCGACCACGGAGUCCACAUGGACCCUUCCCCGUGAGUUGGAAGGGUGGCAGCAGAGACAGGCAGGUACGCAAACUCCACAACAGGCGCAGCAACAACCGCCCCCUCAGGCCCAUGCACAUCCUCAACAUCCACCACAUCCUCAUCCGCAGCACUAUCCUCCACAUCCAACCACGCCGGGCUAUGCGGUACCAGGAGACCUGCAGCAAGCUCACGCAGCACCCCACCCUUAUCCGCAACAGCAGCCACCAGGAGGCGAGGCGCCGUACCCACAUCAUGCACCACCACCAAGUCAUACACCCCCACCUGCCGGCUAUCCGCCACCGGGCUAUGCAGCACCUGCACCGCCGCACUAUAUGCCAGCAGGUUACCCACCUCAGGGAUACCCUCCUGGUCCCUAUGCACCUCCGCCAGGUCACUACCCUCCACCACCUGGAUAUGUGCCACCACCUGGCUACGCGCCGCCGGCCUACAGCGUGCCAGGCUACCAUCCGUACCCGAGCUAUCCGAGCUAUCCUCCGCCGGGAGCGCCGGGUGCGCCUGUAGCACCUGCCGCAGCUCCCGCGGCCCCAGCUCCAGCCCCUCCAGCUCGAUCAGCUUCGCCCUCCCGAGAGCCUGAGAGGCGACGGUCUCGGUCACGAGAUAGAGGCGAGAACGGCCGCAGGCGCGGUGGCGGCGGCGGUGGCAGUGAGUGCUACUGCUGUGGGGAGACUGGGCAUUUGGCUCGGGACUGCCCGAACAAGGGCAAGGAAGGCUUUCGAGAAAUGUGUGGUGACUUCCGAAGGGGCGAGUGCAACCGCGGCGAUAAGUGCCGCUACUCCCAUGGUUCUGCAGGAGGUCGUCGUUGA